GCAGCAGGGGGCGGAGCCGAGCCGCGGGGCCGCCCGCCCGGCUGGGGACCCGGCGAGCGCGGCCACUGGGGACGUGGGGCUGACCGCGCAGUUGGCACUCACCCGCCUCCCGAUGGGGCUGUGUUUCCCCUGUCCCGGGGAGUCCGCGCCUCCCUCGCCGGACGUGGAAGAGAAAAGAAGAAAGCUUGCAGAGGCUGCAGAGAGAAGACAGAAGGAGGCAGCAUCUCGGGGAAUUUUGAAUGUUCAGUCUGUGGAAGAAAAGAGAAAGAAAAAGGAAAAAAUAGAAAAACAAAUUGCUACAUCUGGGCCCCCACCAGAAGGUGGACUUAGAUGGACAGUUUCAUAAGGGAUAAUAUGAGUGAGAGUCUACUGCCAACAACUAAUAUCUGGAAUCAAAUGGACAUCUUCAAUUUAAUUUCUUCUCUUUGAAUAAAUGAAGAUUCAGACUUUGUAAUUUUAGUGCCAUUAAGUGCAGUGCUUUUUCAGUAUUGAAAUAUUGAAAAUGGUUUUGAUUUUCCGACUUAAAAAAUGGCCAGACAUUUCAUUAAAUACUUAUUUUCCUACAUUUGUUCUGCUGCAGGUAGUGGAUAAUUUGCCAUUUUUAGUAGUUAAAACGUGGACCUAAAUAGCGAAUGUAUGUACAUCACGUGUAAAGAUUCUGCAUACAUCUCAAAUAUUAAAAUUUGCAAUAUCAUUUUCCCUCAUUCAUAAAAUGAUCUAGCUGUU